AUGUCUCGGCGUCCUACUCCGGGCCAAGCUGCCCAGAAUUCACAGACUAUCAAGGCUCUGUUGAAACUUGAGCACAACAAGAUAUGUGCCGACUGUAAACGGAACAAGCACCCGCGAUGGGCUUCUUGGAAUCUGGGUGUGUUCGUCUGCAUUCGAUGCUCAGGCAUUCACAGGGGUAUGGGCACACAUAUCAGUCGAGUCAAGUCUGUUGAUCUUGAUGCGUGGACCGAUGAACAACUUCAGAGUGUGGUGAGAUGGGGCAAUGGAAGAGCCAACAAGAAGAUUGAGAACUUUAUUCGAACCAAAUACGAGAGCAAGCGAUGGGUGAUGGACGGUGAAAUGCCGGACCCUUCAACCUUGGAUGAUGGAGAUGACGAUGUGCCUCUUGCGGUUGUACAGGAGAAAGCAAAGGUUGAGCGAUCAACUUCUCAACCGGUCCCCGCCCCAAGCCAGCCCCCAGUACACCGUCAACAAGCCUCGAUUGACCUGUUCGGCGACGAUAUCUCUCCUCCGGUUCGCCCCAGCACGACCGACCCCGCUCCGCGUGCGCCUCCUAGGCAGUCACAGCCCGCGCCAGUCAAGUCUCACAAGCCCAAUGAUUCAUUGCUGGGUCUCGACUUCUUCGGUAGCGCACAGCCCUCCACUGGUAGUAACGCGAAUAGCACAGCAUCCACUCCCGCAACACCGGCCGGGAUGUCCCGGCCAGACCUCAAACAAUCAAUCUUGUCCCUGUACUCUAAGCCGCAGCCAGCACCACCCGCGCAGCACCAGCGCGGCAACUCCUUCGGUGCUAUGGGCUCGCCUCCGGCCUCCACUUCUUCUAACAUGGGUGGUCUAACAGACGCCUUCAGUGGACUGAGCUUCCCAACAGCCACUUCUCCCCCGCCUGCCAAACCAGCUGAUAAGCCAUCGGCAUUCUCCAAUCUCUCAUCUUUUGGUGCCGCCAAGUCGAGUCCUGCUGCCCCGAAAGUCACAUCGCCCUCUGGAUCUUCGGGCGGCGAUUUCUUCGACAGCUUUGCUUCCCCUACAUUGUCCGCCCCGAAGCCUCAGUCCCGGACAACGUCCAUCUCCUCGAACAGCCAAGAUUUCGGGUUUGGUGGAUUCACAUCCCCGACUGCCAAGCCUAACCCUCCCUCAACAUCCCUAUCAAAUGACUUGUUCGGGCUUUCUUCGCCUGCUCCAACAUCUACAUCCGCGGUUUCGCCACCUAAAUCUGCCGCAACUUCUCCGCAACAAGAAAUCAGGUCUGCGUUCAAUAUUUCUGCUCCCCCAAUGCAGCCUCCUGCCCCUCCUAAAGCGCCAGCCCCCAGUGCUGCGACCGCGGCGGCAGCCAGCAUGAUGUCUGGAAGCCUUGAUCCAUGGGGAGGUAACGCAUGGAGCACACCUGAUGCUGCACCUUCGACUGAUCCCGCACCCUCCACGGCGUCUAUGAUGAAGGUUCCUGACACCUUGACCCCGAAUGACGUGGGCAAUGGCUGGGGCGCGCCCAGCUCUUCUUCCAAGCCCGCACCCACUGUGGCAGCAGAUGAGGACUUUGGUGGCUGGGCUAGCGCCGCCCCGGUCUCCAACCCCGCCUCGACUAACAAGUCCUCCGGUGGGUUCGGAGGAUCCGAUGACCUUUUCUCCAAUGUUUGGGAGUAG